CUCAUUGUGGUGAUUUAAGGAAAAAUUCUGAAAAAAAACAGGCCAAAACAAAAAAAAAAAAAAAGUAUUUGUAUGCUUUGUUGACAGACGAGACUGAGGUGUGACCGUACCCUUAAAUUAAUAAUAAAAAAAAAAAAAUAUUCUUACGUAUGAUGAUAAUAAAUAAAAAAUUUAUUUUCAAGUAAUUAUGGUUUAAAAAAAAAAACAGUUGGAAAAGGAUUCAAAAAAACAGAUCUGUUAUUACAAGGCCAUAUAAGCUUUUACAUGUCGAGGUCAAGAAUUUUGAAAAUUAUAAUGCAAUUCUCUGGUGUCAACAACGUAGGUUAUUAUUUUUGGAGAAAUAGUAGACAUAGACAAUGAGAUUUAUUUUAUUAAUAAUUGUCAGUACUUUUUAUGUACUGAGAAAUGGAUUUGGCAAAGAUUUUAUCAGUAUGGAUUAUAAUGUGGUGUUGCCUGAUGAGAUGUUUCGAUUUAGCAUCCCAGGCAUUGCCAAGACAAGUUCCUUGCGAUAAAACAAGAAAAAUAUUUACCGACUCCUGGGGUAUUAUUAGCGAUGGUCCUAUGGGAUCGAAUUACACUCAAGAUUCACAUUGCGAAUGGUUAAUAAGAGCCAAUUCAAGUCGACAAUUUAUAACAUUAAGUUUUCGAACUAUGGGUACAGAAUGCAGUUAUGAUUAUGUAUUUGUUUACGAUGGUGAUUCAUUUAAAUCUCCAUUAUUGGGUAGUUUUAGUGGUAAAACAGAACCACAACAAGUUACAUCAACAUCGGGUUUUAUGUUAAUUCUACUUUAUAGUGAUACAAAUUAUGUUUUGGAUGGAUUUCAUGCUGAAUUUUCAGUAACUGAUUGUCCAAAUAAUUGUACUGAACAUGGCAAGUGUAUUAAUAAUACAUGCUUUUGUGAAAAUGAUUGGGGUGGUCGUGACUGCUCAAAAAUAUUGUGUCCAAAUAAUUGUGGCCAUGGGGGUCGUUGUGAUAUUAAAAGAUGUCAAUGUUUUGAUGGCUAUUCAGGACAAUCUUGUUCAUUGCAUAAAACACAUCCUGAAGGAAAUAGGUGGCACUGGCUUUCACAUUCAGAAGGAGGAAUGACAUCUCGUGCAGCUCAUACAUCGGUUUAUGUUAAUGAAACUGAUUCUCUAUAUGUAUUUGGAGGAUAUAAUCUCAAUUUUAUACUCAGUAAUUUGGAAGUUUAUCGUUUUAAUAUUAGCAAAUGGGAAGAUGAAGCUGGCACUGUACUGGAAGGUACAUCUUCUGCUGAAUAUCUUGAUCCAAUGUUACUUGCCAGUGAAUUAGGUGUUGGUGAACAAUAUGGUUUAACAAAAACAUCAAUAAUUUGGAAAGUUUUAAAUAAUAUUAAAGCAAACAGUACAAUAAGAACGGCAAUAAAAAGUCAUCGUAAACGUGAUCAUAGGGGGAAAAAUAUUUCAUCACAAAGAAAACAUUCACGAAGAAUUAGAUCGCAAUAUUUUCAAUAUUCAACAAAAAGAUAUGAAAAAUCAUUGGAUAAUGAUACACGUUUUAAACGUUCAAGUAAUAUAACGUGGAAAGAGAAAAUAAUUGAUGAGCCAAUGGAAAAAAAUAUUUUUUCACAACAAUUAUUUAAACCACAAUCAACCACUGAUGGAAAUUUUGUUAUUAAAGAACAAAUGGAGGAAAAUUAUCAAGAUAUUCCAAAACCAGGUGCAAGAUAUGGUCAUGCCGCGUGUAAAUAUCAAGAUGGAUUUGUCAUAUAUGGAGGAAAAGUUGAAGAUGGUUCUCUAUCAAAUGAAUUGUGGCAUUAUGAUGUAAAACGAAAUCUUUGGACGUUAAGAGCAAAAAAUUCACCAUUUUAUCCGCCAAGAUUAACGAGACAUACAUUAACAUUAUCGAAUGAUUAUAUUUAUCUUUUUGGAGGAAGUACAGUUGAUGGAGAAUUUUCCUCGAGUCUUUAUACAAUUAAAUUGAAUUUAUCUGAUAAAACUGGAAGUACUGAAAGAUGGCAAGAAGUUAGACCUCGAGGUGGAAAAGAAUUAGACGUGCGAGUUGUUGCACAUUGCACUGUUUAUCAUCAUGGAACAAAUUCUUUAUUAGUUUAUGGAGGUGUUGUGGCGAGUGUUGCUCGAUUUAGUAAAUUAUCCGAUAGGAUGUUUGCAUUUCAACUCGAUAGAAAAGUUUGGUCAGAAAUUCAUUAUCCACGUGCACAUUUACGUGAUACUUAUGUUCCCAGAGAACGUGCAUUUCACACAUGCAAUAUUAUAGGUAAUUAUUUGGUUGUUUUUGGAGGAUACUCACAUCGUCACAAUAAAGAAGAAAUUUGCUAUGACAAUCAAAUGUAUUUAUAUCAUUUGGGUUGUCAUGCUUGGGUUAGUCAUGAUGUAUUGGGCUCAGAUGAACCAGAUUCACGAUAUCCAAAACAACAAGGUGUAUUUGCACAUGCCGCUGAUGUUAGAAAUGGAAAUACAUUAUUAUUAGUUGGCGGUUAUCAUGGAAAUGUGAAUGCAGAUCUUCUUGCUUAUACAUUACCACCAAUGGUUGCACCUGGUGAUCAUGAUUUUAUCGAACCCGAACAAAUAUGUUCACGUCACAAGAGUUUUGUUGAAUGUGCCGCUAAUCCUGAAUGUGGAUGGUGUUCAGCUGAUGAAAUUUGUUAUGGAAGAACAGUUGGCAGUAAUUGUACGACAAAUUUACAAACAACACGCUGUCCCGGUGUUUGUCCUGCAUUAGGCGAUUGUCAUUCGUGUUUAAUUCAUGGACAACCUGGUGGUGGAUGGGGUACAAAUGCAAGGGGUAAAAGUUCAGUUUCAAAUAAAUUGAAUUUAGGUACAUGUACAUGGUGUGUUCAAAAUGCACGUUGUCAUCAUAAGGAUGAUAAUUAUGGUGUUUGUGGUCUUCGCGAUGAUACAUUGUCACAAAUACCAGGUUGGUGGGGACCAAAAGGUACGGAAAUUGCAAAAGUUGAAGAAUGCCGUGAAAUGGAUAAAAGGCCGGGAUUAACAUUUUUAACAUAUAAACCGCCAGUUAAUUUUACACAACCUGAUUCAGUGACAAUUGUUAAUGCAACAACUGUUGAUUUUAAUGUACCAUCGAUGCAAGGUGCAAAAACAGAAUCGGCACUUGGCGGUGAAAUGAUUGCAAGAUUAAUUGGAUUUCUUCGAUUGCCACAAGAUUAUUGGGAUAAUACAAUGGAACGUUUGAAAAUAUGCGUUAGUUAUAAUAGUGCAACGCUCAAUGUAUCACGAAGUGAUAAUCGUCAAGAAAUGCAAUUGGUCGCAAAUUUAACAGCUGAAACAUCGCAAUGUAUUGCGACAAAAUGGCCCGAUGGACGUGAAAUGACAUUACAAUCAGGACGUUAUCUAUUGGAUUUUGAAUCAAAACGAAUGGUAACGGCAAGUUAUGCAUACGCAAGUAAAAUGGAAAUAACGCAUAAUAGAAAAAUUGAAAAUCCAAAAGUAUUUACAUUUGAAUAUUUGGAACCAUAUCAAAAUGGUACAUGUAAUCAAUAUAAAAAUUGUCUUCAUUGUUUAACUGAUUCAUCAUGUGGUUGGUGUGAUAUUAGCGAUAAAUGUGUAUCGCGUUCAAUAAAUGAAAUUGAAAGUUGUACAAUUAUUAAUAAUGAUUCAGAGGAAAUGAUAAAUGAUUGGCAUUAUUUAACAAUAACACCAUCAACAUGUGCAAAUUGUUCGAAUUAUAUAUCAUGUGAAUCGUGUAUUAAAAGUGGAUUAUGCGAAUGGUGGACUGAGGAGGCAAGAUGUGCAAGAAUUGGAAGAUUACCAGACGCUGUUAUUAAUUUGAAACAAUGUCCAAUACCAUGUCGACAGAGAUCAAAUUGUACACAAUGUUUAGAUGAAAAAGGACGUUGUGUAUGGUGUGAGGCAACGCAGGAAUGUUUUUCAUUUUCUGUCUACACGUCUGAAUAUCAAUUUGGAUUAUGUCGUGAAUGGACUGAUCAGGCGGGAUUAAUGGGUGUAACAUCGAGAAGUGGUUCGAAUUUAAGUGGUAAUGAACAAUGUAAAAGUUGCAGUCGACAUACAAAUUGUUCGAGUUGUUUACAUUCAUUGAGCUGUGGAUGGUGUUAUAGUUUGGAGAAUCCAAUACUUGGUGCUUGUGUACAAGGUGAUUUUAAUCAACCGCACAGUAAUUGUACAAUGGUGAUUAAUCAGCAGAAAAAAAAUGGAACACAUGAAUCUGGAUGGGCUUAUGCACAAUGUCCGGAUGUUGAUGAAUGUGAUCUUGGUUUACAUGAUUGUCAUCCAGAGGCUGUUUGUACAAAUACACAUGGUAGUUUUAGUUGUCAAUGUAAAAGAGGUUUUAAUGGCGAUGGCAGGGAGAAUUGUACAAAAACAUGUUAUGAAAAAUGUGUUAAUGGCUAUUGUAGCGAAGCGCCGGAUUAUAAAUGUGAAUGUAAUUUAGGAUGGACUGGCGCUGAUUGUAGGACAAAUUGUGGAUGUUACAAUCAUUCAACUUGUAAUCAAGGCGAAGGGAUUUGUGAUGAUUGUCAAAAUUGGACGGAGGGAAUUAAUUGUGAAAAAUGUAAAGCUGGAAGUUUUGGUAAUGCAACAUUGGAUUUUGGUUGUAGUAAAUGUGAUUGCAAUGAGCAUGGCGAUAUUGAAGCUGGGACAUGUGAUAGAAAAACUGGUAUUUGUUUUUGUCGGGAUAAUACUGAGGGCGAUAAAUGUGAACGUUGCACUAAGGGUUAUUAUGGAAAUCCAAGAAAUGGAGGAAUGUGUUAUUAUGGUUGUGUUUCACGUGGAAUGCUUGAGGGCGAAGGUAAUGGAAGACAGGGAUUAGGAAGUAGACAUUCACAAUUAUCAUUAUGGGAAACACGAUUGGGUGGUCCAUUAACUAGAGAAUGUUUAUGGAUUGUAAGUCCAAAAUUGGUAUUAACACCUGAUACAAUGACGCCAAGUGUUCAAAGUGUUAUUCAAUUUACAAUACACGAUGAUAUUAAUAUAAGUUGUCAGGAGAAUGGACUUUAUGUUUAUGAUGGUUUACCGGAUUUUGUUUCAUCAACAACGAGUCAUCAAAGUCAAUUAUUGGGUGUUUAUUGUACGGAAAGUACAAAUUAUCCAAUAACUGUUGAGGCAAAAUCGGGUUUUUUGACUGUACACUAUAAACAACUUGACGAAAUUGAAGGAUUUAAUGCAAGCUAUGUGAUAAUGACCUGUAAUAAUUGUCCUAAAAAUCGACAAUGUCGAGGUGGUAAUUGUCUAUGUAAAAUUGGAUUUGUUGGUAUUAAUUGUGAUGUUGAAUUGUGUCCAAAAAAUUGUUCAUCAUGGAAUAAACAAGGAAUUUGUGACAAAGGAUAUGGACAUUGUGUUUGUUCAACUGGCUAUGGUGGACGUGAUUGUUCAAUAAAAUUAAAGCAACAUCAAUUGGUAUUUACGGAAUUAUUUAAUUCGGAAUAUUUAGCUGAAAAUUUGGAUCAUUUACGUAAAACAUUGCCAAGAUUUGGUCAUAGUCUUGUUGCUGAUCGACGUGGUAGUUUAUGGAUGUUUGGUGGUUAUUCAUUGAGUCAUGGACCAUUAAAUGAUAUAAGAUUAUUUGAUACAAAAAAUAAUACAUGGAUGCCAGUUACUGUUGAAUCAACAUCUGAAGCAUCAAUGCCACAGGGGAGAUAUUUUCAUGCCGCUGAAAUUGUACACAGUCGACAGCAAAUUUAUGUUUAUGGUGGAUUAUCAAUGAAGGAAAAUGGUAUUUUGGGAUUGUCAAAUAAUACAUUAAAUGAUUUUUGGAAAUUUAGUUUACAAAAUCAACGUUGGAGUCAAAUAACAUCAUCAUGGAAUCAACAACAAUCGUUACCACCGCCACUUGCUGGUCAUACAUUAACAUUAAGAAGAGAUGGCGAAUCGGAGAGUUUAAUUUUAAUUGGUGGUUUUAGUCCAAAAUAUGGUUAUUUAGAGACAGUAUGGGAAUUUAAUUUAGAAACCGAUACAUGGGAUACAAUAAAAACACUUGGCAAUAGUCCUUUAGGAAUUUAUGGACAUUCAACUGUUUAUCAUAUAAAAUCAGAUAGUUUUUAUGUAUUUGGUGGCUAUAUUUAUGCAAUUAAUCGAACAUUUAUUUCAAAUAAAUUACAUGCUUUUAAUUACAAGACAAAAAAAUGGUCUAUAUUGCCACCGUUUAAUGAUGAGGAUGCUGUUUAUACAUAUGGAAUUAGUUUUCCUCAAGCACGUUUUUUACAUUCAGCUGUGACAACGGAUGAAUAUAUGGUGAUAUUUGGAGGUCGUCAAAAUACUUAUAAUACAUCGGACAGUUUAUUGGCUUAUAAAUAUUCUUGUAAUCUUUGGAUUCAUCUUAUAACGAGAGAUAUGGAAGUUAUUGGUAAUCCACCACCGCCUGCAUAUGCUCAUGCAAUGACACACGCUGAUCCUGAGACAAAUACAGUUUAUGUUGUUGGUGGUUUUGAUGGUGGAAUUAAAAGUCACGUUACACAAAUUACAAUACCUGAAGAUUUAUGUAGUCUAUGGAUUGAUAAAGUUUCGUGUAGAAAAUAUUUUGGAUGUUCAUUUUGUUCUGUAACAACAAUUGCUGGUACCAAUGAAUCUUAUUGUUUUUCUAAUGAUGAACUUUUACACAGAGAUGAUAAAUGUGAUAUUAAUGUAACACAGGCGCAACGAUCAAAUGGCGUUUUUUGUAAUUCUGAAUGGAUGGCUAGUAGAAAAUGUCAAAAUUUCAAAACUUGUACGGAAUGUUUGGCAGAAUGGCCACACUAUAAGGAAGAUCAGGCUGUUUGUAAAUGGUGUCCACAUUGUCCGCGGACAAAAUGUAUACCACGUGAAAAAGAUUGUGAUGAAUCGAGUAAUUGUAAUUUGAAAUAUAAUACAAUAACUGAUGUUAAUCAAUGUAGCGAAAAACAAUGUUCAGCUAGCGAUUGUGAAAAAUGUAACAAUCAUAAAAGUUGCAUUUGGACGAGACAAGUAUUAAAAACAUCUGAUGGUGGUACCCAAGUAACUGAACAACCAGUUUACGAUUGGAACUGUGUGUCUGAAGAUAUAUUCCGUCAAGCAACAUUUGGUAAAGAAAUUGUGAAUUUUGAUAAAAAAAAGACGACACAAUGUGAAAAACGUUGCGGAGAUCAUAAGGAUUGUACGAGUUGUUUAAAAGGCACAGGAGGAGAAGGUGGAUGGAGCGAAUGCAGAUGGUCCACCCAAUUAAAUGAGUGUAUUUCGCCUUCUUAUCAACCUCUAUAUUGCGUGGGUGGAGUUUGUGGAUUAGUAUUGCGAAGCAUUGACGUUGAACAUUGUCCUGAACCGUGUGCUGUUUUUAAACAAUGCAGUACAUGUUUAAAACAUUCACAUUGUGGAUGGUGUUCAUUGGAUACAAAUUCAAUAACAGGACAGGGUUUAUGUACAGAAGGAUCACUUGAAGCGCCAACGGAUCAUCCAGCUGGCGGUACUUGUGAAAUGCUCUAUAAUCAACAAUUUUCACAAAUUGAACGAUUACAAAAUAAUAAUUCACAAAAAGAUUUAGAGAAUAAUGCAACAAUGUUGGUGGCAAAAAAUACAAAUCAAAGAAAUUUUUCUUGGCAUUACGUAAGAUGCCCACCGGAAAAUGAAUGUUUAAAUGGUCAUCAUACAUGUUCGCCAAAAAGUGAAAAAUGUUUUGAUCUUGAUGAAGGUUUUGAAUGUAUGUGUGGCGAUGGAUUUAAAACAGAAACAACCUGGUUGUCGAACGAUCUUGGAAGAAAAACUUGCGUUCCAACGUGUGUUCAAGGAUGCGUUCGUGGAAUUUGUGUUGAACCAAAUGAAUGUCGUUGUGAUUUCGGUUACGUUGGUGCAAAUUGUUCAAUUCAAUGUCAAUGUAAUGGACACAGUAAUUGUGUAGGACCUGAUAAAUUGGACGAUUGUAUAAAAUGUCACAAUAAUACACAAGGUGAUCAAUGUGAAAAAUGUGAAGCUCUAUUUGUUGGUAAUCCAGCGGAUAAUGGACAAUGUGUGCCUUGUCUAGAAUAUUGCAAUGGUCACACUCACGUUUGUAUUAAUGACAGCAUGACAGUUCCUGAUCCAAAUUCAAUUGACAAAAUGUCUAUUGAUUUAUUGAAGAAACAAUUAGUCGAAGGACCAGUAACCAAGGCAAAAUGUGUUGCCUGUGGGAAUAAUACGAAAGGAGAUAAAUGCGGUGAAUGUGUUUCGGGUUUUUUCAGAGGAACAGAAGAUCUUCGUGAUGUUUGUAGACCAUGUGAAUGUCAUGGUCAUGGAUUUAUGUGUGAUCCAGUGACAGGAGAAAAAUGUAAUUGCGGUAAUAAUACUGAAAGUGAACCAUCAUGUUUGAGUGGUCCAAUAAAGGGAUUAAGCGCUGGUGGUACACCAUGUUGGAUGGUACAAUGCAGUAAAUGUCGUGAAAAUUAUGCAGGAACACCAACAAUGGGUCAUCAGUGUUACAAAACUGUAACCGUUGACAAUAAAAUGUGUUUUGAUUCAAAAUUAAUAGACGAGUGUAAAAUGAAGCCAAAACCAUUAAAUCCUGGACAAACGGUAUUUUAUAUGGUGCAACCACGCUUUAUGAAUGUUGAUAUACGCGUAAUGGUUGAUGUAACACAAGGCGCUUUAGAUUUAUAUCUAAGUCCACGUGACGAUUCAUUUGUCGUUACUUUAAAUUCAUCAAAUGGAUAUCAAGAGAUUGAACUUGACAAUAGAUUUAAAUUACGCAAAGAUUAUACUGAAAGUUGGUUAGAUUAUUCACACAAUAAAGUGAGAGUAGUUGAAUUUCAUCCACAUGCAUCGUUUCAUUUAAUGCAAAAUGGCUCAACAAUGGAGCCCGAAUGGAAUUCAGGACCACAAUAUAUUGUAAUGGAACGUUUUGCCGAAAGUUUAGCAACAUAUGUAACAAUUGAACAAAGAAAUACUUUAUUAGUUGUGAGAAAUUUAACAAAUCGUCUUGUAUUGACAUUGCCACAGGAUAAACAUGAAUUGGGACAAACAAAAUUUCAUAUUGCAUUGAGAGCAAUUGAUAUGCCAAAUCCUGAAAUUAAUGGAAAAGCAGCAUAUGGAAUGAUAUUCUUUCGACAAGAUCAAUUGCAUAUUGAUCUUUUUGUAUUUUUCUCGGUAUUUUUUUCAUGUUUCUUUUUAUUUUUAGCAGCAUGCGUUGUUGGUUGGAAGACAAAACAAGCGGCUGAUGUACGUCGUGCACGACGUCGUCAUGUUGUUGAAAUGUUACAUAUGGCAAAAAGACCAUUUGCAUCGGCAACAAUAAUUUAUGAUCGUGAGGGAAAUAAUUUUAGUCCAAAUUCACCGCAACGUAAAGGAAGACGUAAUAAAAUUGUCAAUUUUCAUAGUGAUGUGAGACCAGUUGCAGUUGAACCAACUGAUGAUGGUGUUGCUGGUGUUGCAACUGUUUUUAUUAAAUUACCAGGAGGUGGACAAGCACCUGUUAAAUUAGCUCUUGGAAGUUCAUUAAUUUUAUUAACAAGAGUUUAUCCAGUUAAUAGUCGUGUAUUUUUACGACGACGAAAUAGUCAUGCAAUUAAUUAAUUUUCAUAAAUUGAAAAAUUAAUUUCUUCAAUAAUAAGGUAUUUAUGGAGAAAAUUUAGUUUCUUUUUUUUUUAUUGAAACUAAAUUUUAUUUUUAAACAAGUUUUUUUUUUUUUUAAUUGAUCCAUGACAAGAUUUUGAUUUUAGAGAAAAAAUAAGGUGCAUUUAUAAUGUAAAUAAAAUAGAAUUAAAAAAAGACUUGAGUGAAUAAUAAUAAGGGUGUUUAAUGAGAAAAAAAAUAUAAUUCAUUUAUUGCAUUUUGUUAUAAUUAAAUAAAUGAAUUGUUCUCAAGAUAUUAGGCAAAAAAAAAAAAAACUUUAAGUGCCGAUUAUUGUAAUUUUCAAGUAUUUUAUGCUGCUAUAUAGAAAAUAUGAAAUGUGUUCAUAUAAAUCAAUUUUUAUAUCACUUUAAUAAGCAGUAUUAAAAAUCAGAUCUUAUUUUAGCGUCAUAGUUUUUUUUUGCAAUCGGAUGAUAAUUUUAGAUUUCUAAAAAUUAAAUUUUUAAUUAUCAUCAAAAAAAAGCAGAUAUGGCUCACGAAUUAGAGUGCCAAAAAAAAAGAAAAAAAAACAAUUCGUAUACGUUUAUAAAUGUACAUUCCUUGAAUAGUUUUUUUUUCUAUUUUUUAUUAGCCAAGUAAAGAAUGGCUAAUUUAUUAUUAUUUAUAGUAAAUAAUAAAUUGAAUUGUAUAGUAGAUUUUUAAAAUAUUUAUAAUUGAGAAAAAAAAAGUAAGUUAUUUUUCUCACUUUAAUUGAACACCAAUUUUUAUUUGUUUAAAUUCUUUUUUUUGCCGUCCAAAAUAAUAAAAAAAAAAUUUUUUUUUUUUUUUUUGACUUUGUAUGGCAAAAUUUGUAAAAACAAUAAUGUUAUUUGUUUUAUUUUUUUUAUCACUGGUUAAAAUGUGGCACGAAAUUUCUAUAGAAAUUUUAUUGCAAAUAUUUCUAUUAAUAAAACAAAAGCUCCGAACAUUUUCUAUAAAUGGAAAUGGAUUAAAUAUUAAUUAUUGAGAAUUAAAAAUAUGUAAAUUAUGUGCAGAAUCUCUUCUAAAAAAAAGAAAAAAAAAUAGAAUACUCAUAGAAUUCACAAAUGAAUUUAAAAAUAAAAUAAUCUCAUUUUCUUUUUAUUCAAAAUUUAUUUUAUAGGCAAAAGAUUAGAAAAUUUAUAAUGUAAUAAUUUAUGGGGCUUUAUAUUAAAUAUGAAAUAUUUAUUUUUGAAAAUCUACCAAUUUCCGAGAGAAUUAGUUAAAGAAAAAAAAAAUAAUAAUGUCCACCGCAAUGUUUUAUACAAAAAUAAAGAAUAAGAAAAAGAAUUUUUUUUUUAAUAUAAAAUAGUUUGCUCUUUUCGAAUUGUAAAAUUUUAAUGAAUAAUUAUUUUCAAAGGUAGAUUUAUGUGUACAUUUGUUGGUAAAAAUAUUUCUUAUAUAGUUAAUUUAAAUUUUUAAUACAAAUUGUAUGAAAAGGAAAAAUCUCAAACUUUUAUAAAUAAUAUACAUAAAAUUAGUUAUAAGGCAUUCAUUUAAUAAAUAUGUUAUAUAACAAAUAUAAUAUAAUUUAUUUAUAAAUUAUAUUAUAUUGAAUUAUAAUAAUAUAUGUAAUAU